CCUGGGAUGGUUUUACGGGUGAGGAUUGCAGGCGGGGGGGUGAGGCCGGGAGCUGGUCCAGGGAACAUCCAUCACUCCCAACAAGCCAAACCUCCCGCAGCGAGAGGCAGGCAGACAUUUCCCUGGCAGGGGGCUCGGAGGGGCUGCCAGACCCCUCCCCACACCACCCACCCAAUGCGGCUGCGUGCGGCCGCCCCAGUGCUGGGAAAGUUUCUCGGCCCUUCUCAGCCCUGCUGCAAUUUCCAUUAAUAGCCAGCUGAGCCGCCCAGCUAAAAAUAACCACCGGCCCUCUUCAUAAGUCCCUGGCGGCCGCCCCCCCAGCAGCACCACGGACCAUGGCCGAGCGCCGCGUCCCCUUCACCUUCCUGCGCAGCCCCAGCUGGGACCCCUUCCGCGACUGGUACCAUGGCAGCCGCCUCUUCGACCAGUCCUUCGGGAUGCCCCACAUCCCCGAGGACUGGUACAAAUGGCCGAGCGGCAGCUCCUGGCCGGGGUAUUUCCGACUUUUGCCUCGGGAAAGCGCGUUGAUGCCCUACGGGCAGGCGCUGAGCCGCCAGCUCAGCAGCGGCAUCUCCGAGAUCCGCCAGACCCCCGACAGCUGGAAGGUCACCUUGGACGUCAACCACUUUGCACCUGAGGAGCUGGUGGUCAAGACCAAGGAUAAUAUCGUGGAGAUCACCGGCAAACACGAGGAGAAGCAGGAUGAACACGGCUUCAUCUCCAGGUGCUUCACCCGAAAAUACACCCUCCCCCCCGGUGUCGAAGCCACAGCCGUGCGGUCCUCGCUGUCCCCUGACGGCAUGCUGACGGUGGAGGCCCCCCUGCCCAAACCGGCCAUCCAGUCUGCCGAAAUCACCAUCCCCGUCACCGUCGAGAGCCAAGCCAAGGAGCCGGCCAAGAAGUAGGCGGCAGCGAGGAGGAGGAGGAGGAGGAAGAGGAGAAGCUGUUGCCAAAGUCACCCCCCGCCUAAAGUGCAUCCUCACCCCCAGCCCCAUCUCGCAUCCCCCUUUUUAUUGUUCGUUUUCUACUUGCUCCGUCACCGAGUGCCUUGAAUAAAUGUGAAGGAACCGAUAGGAUCAGCCGGAAUAAAAAGCGGUGAAAGAA